AUGGCUGGUAGGAAGAAGCAUACUGUUUUGACAAUGGAACAGCGAUUAAGUGUUUUAAAGGAUUUGAAGGAAUCGUCACAAUCAGUAGCCGCGAUUGCUAAAAAGUAUAGUGUGGACCGAUCAACAAUUUUUCGAGUUGCGCGAAAUGCGAUCAAAAUUACUCCCUUUGAGGACGAAAGCAGGCAACAAAAAAAGCGACGAACAAUAAAGGAACCAGUAUUCGAUGAACUCGACCGGGAGUUAGUGUCAUGGUUCAUUGAACGAAGAACGCUUGGUGAUAAUGUGACCGACGCUUUACUAUUGGAAAAAGCUGCUGAAUUGAAAGACAGAUUACCAUCCUGUUCAAAUUUUAAAGUAAGCCACGGGUGGCUUGCAAAGUUUAAAGCACGUCAUGACAUUCGUUUAGUGCAUAUACAUGGAGAGCAAUCGAGUGCUGAUACGAAUGCCAUGAAAGAAUUCGUUGAAACGUUUACGAAAUUAAUAGAGGAGGAAAAUAUUAAUUUAGAAAAUGUGUACAACAUGGACGAGAGCGGGCUUGUUUGGAAAGCUCUUCCCAGAAAAACGCUUGCCCAAAAGGGAGAAGGAAAUAUCAGUGGGUAUAAAAUGAAAAAAGAUAGGAUUACAAUUGCAUUUUGCGCAAAUGCAUUAGGUACACAUAAAAUUAAGUCUUUAGUUAUAUAUAAAUAUAAAAAUCCAAGGGCCAUAAAGCAUUGCCAAGAGACGCUACCCGUGAUUUUUAAAUCGCAAAAGAAUGCUUGGAUGGAUCGCACUUUAUUUACGGACUGGUUUGAAAACUAUUUCAAACCAGCUGCAAAGCAACACCAACAAGAUAAAGGACUGAAUGGCAAAAUUAUUUUAUUAGUGGAUAAUUGUGAAGCCCAUAAAAUUCCAUCGGAGAUUGGAAAUAAGGACGGCUUCCAAAUAAUUUAUUUACCACCAAACACUACAUCGAUCUUGCAACCUAUGGACCAAGGAGUGAUUGAGAAGACCAAAAGAUCCUUCCGUCAUUAUAUGUUAAGGAGGGUACUAACAUACGAAGGAGGGGUACAAGAAUUUUAUAAGGAGUAUACAAUUAAAGAUUGUAUAGAAAUUGUACAUUCAUCAUGGCAGGAUGUAACAGAAAGUAAUAUUCGAAAUUCAUGGAAUCAGUUAUUUCAACGAGAGACGAUACCACCACUCACCGAAGACGAAAAUUUAGAUUUGCUGGAAACAAUCAGCCAAAUUACGGGAGAUGAUUGCCUGCGGGAAGGCGUGUUAGAUUAUUUAUCAGCUUGUGAACAGGCGGAAAGUGAAAGUGGGGAACAGCUCAUUGAAGAAAAUGCAACCGAGGAAAUACAAGAUGAACCCUAUGACGAAAAUAUCAGUGAUGAGGUUGCAAGAAACGAACUAACAAAUAUCUUCGAGAGAUUAUCAUUUUAUACUGCAACAGCACCAGCACACAUUCAUUACGUACUGCUCUCAUUAAAAACAUUUUUCUUGGGUCGAGAUAAUUAA